AUUUAUAUAUAAUUUAUUAUUUGUAAUUUAUAUAUAUCUGAUAUAGAUAAUUUAUUAUAUUAAAAAUGGGUCAAAAACAAUCAAAUUCUAAACAAUUCGAUUAUGAAUUUGGUUUUGAAAUUAUUGAAAAUCCAAAAUCAUUUUCAGAAAGAAUGUUCCCAGUUGAAUACAACUACAACAAAGAAUUCCCAAUUGAAUUAAUUGGUGUUUUAACCGAAGAUGAAUACGAAGAAAUCGGAGAUUAUAUUCGUUACAUUUCUGGUAAAUCACCACAUCUCCAUUAUUUACAAAAUUUAUUAGUUUUUGUAUUUUGUUUCUUUUUACCAUUAGUUAUGUUUGUUAAUAAUGUUUGCUUAAAGUUUGUUUCAGUUUAUUUACUUGCUUCAGCAUUUUUAAACGCUUUUAUUACAUUACCAAUUGCAAUUUACAUGUUAGUCAAAAUUUUUAAAUUAAGAAAAGGUGUCAACAAGAUUUUAAAAGAAAAGAAUGUUCAACUUAAAAAACAAAUCAAGUUUAAUAAAUUUGCAUUCCUUUUUAUUAUAAUUUUAUAUUUACAUGCUGCACUCCAAAUUUAUUGGUUCUUUGAUUAUUAUAACCAUGGUGGAUAUUUCGUAAACACUAUGGUUCAUUAUGCUAUCGGUUUAGAUGUAUUCAUUAUUUUCUUCUUUAUUUACAACUAUGCAUUAUUCUCAAGAUCAAGAGGUAUUCUUACAAGUAAAUAUCAAGUUGGUAAUGAUGAUGAAUAUCUCCAAGUAUUAAAUGAUAACAUUAGAAAAUACAUGGGACCAGUACCAUAUAGUUUAUUAUACAAUCCACCAAUUUCAACCUCAUCACCAUCAUCAGUACCAUUAUUCUAUGUUGACAACAAUAAUAUCAAUGAUAUUGAUGUUGAACAAUCACAAAAACUUUUAUUAAACCCAUAUAUCUAAACUCAGUUCAAUAAAUCAUCACUUUUACUGGGUGAUAAAAUUUUUUUUUGUAAUAAACAUAUUUUACGUAGAUUAAUACUUUAUAAAAU